AUGGCUGGGCUUGCAAACGCCAGUCUGCGUAGUCUCAGCAAUGCUGAUGGCUCUGCCACGUACAGCGCUCCAAAUAACGGUUACAAAAUCGUGGCCGGCGUCAAUUAUCCCGUGGAGGUGCCAUUUCGAAGUGACGAGAUUCCUGAGUCUACCUUCAUUGAGGUUAAUCUUCGGCCACAUAACGGUGUGAGUCUGAUCAAGGAGCGACAUGUCGAGGAACUUGUCAAGCGGACUCUUGGUACCAUUGUCCUCGCCAAGGAGACUCCUCGAACCAUGCUCCAACUCACUCUUCAAGUGGUGAGUGUUGAGAUCGACGAAAGCUUGCCGGGAGGCAUCAAAGGCGGUGGACAAGGUGAGACUUAUCUCGAUGUCCUCGCUUCAGCAAUCAACGCCGCCGUCCUCGGGUGUCUCGACGCAGCCGUGCAGAUGAGAGGGGUGGCCGGAGCAAUUCUCGUUGGCAUCGACUCGGAUGGAGAAGCCACCGUCAGCCCCGGGGUUCUGCAGCGGAAAAAGUGUACCAGUCUGCACGUCUUUGCCUUCGGCAGCGACGGCAAGACGUUGCUGAUGGAGAGUGAGGGCAGAUUCGGCUUAGAGGAUUUCCAGAAGGCGGACCAAGUUGCCAGGGUAGCGGUUCUGGGAUCUGAUCACGGCACCAAUGCAGUCGAUAUCAACAAACGGGACGGAGAUGUUGCCAUGAAUGGACGUGACACGAAUGGAGACUCGCCUGUCUGCGUGCUGGACGUGGUGAGGAAAGCUAUGGAAGGCCGGGUGAUUAAGGACGAGAGCUGGCGACAGUAG